AUAUCCAUCUCCAGACUACAGAAGAACUAACCCAAACAUACGAUCCCCUGAUAGCAGAAUAAACAAACGUAUCGCAUUCGCCAGACCAAACAAACACACAAGAGAAGGAAACAAAGCCACAACCACAUCACGCCCCGAUGGAGCAAACAAACAUCCUCGUAACAGGCGGCUGCGGCUUCCUAGGCACAGCCAUAGUAUCCGCCCUUCUGGCCACAAAACGAUUCUCUGUCACCGUUCUGGACAUCAACCCCCCAUCCCUCGGUACUUCCACUUUCCCCCAACUCGUGCGCUAUGUGCGCUGCAACAUCCUCGACGCCGCUUCUCUCAAGAAAGUCGUCGAGGAGGCGCGGCCCGCUAUUGUGGUGCAUACCGUGGGUGUGUACCCGCUAGGCGCGAAGAGGUAUUCGCAGCGUGGCAGGGAUGUAGUGUUCAAGGUUAAUGUUGAGGGGACGAGGAAUGUAGUCGCGGCGAGUAGGGAGUGUGGCGCAAAGGGGUUGGUGUUUACGAGUAGUGUUACGGUGGUGCUGGAUGAAUUUGGGAGGGAUUGGAGGAAUGUUGAUGAGCGGUGGGGGACGGGGGAGGCGGAGACGACGUAUGGGGAGAGUAAGGCCCAAGCAGAAUCCCUCGUCCUCUCCGCCAACACCCACGACUUCUCCACCUGCGCCCUGCGCUGCGCCCCAAUCUUCGGGCCCAACGACCCAGCCUGCAUCCCCGCGCUACACGCCUGCAUCGCCGCCUACCAAACGCCCUUCAUCCUCGGCACGGGCCUCAACAUGCAAGACUUCGUCUACGUGUCCAACGCAGCCGACGCCCACGUUCUCGCCGUCGCCAACCUGCUGAACUCGCAGACCGCGGCGGGCCAGGCAAUAUUUAUUACGAACGGCGAGCCGGUCCCCAUGCGCGAUCUGUGUUUGGCUGUGUGGAAGGAGUUUGGGCAUGUGCCGCGGUUUCAGGUCAGGAUUCCGGAGGGGGUCGCGUGGUGGAUGGGGGUGGGUGCUGAGUGUGUGAGUUGGGUGGCGGGGGUGGAGGGGAUGUUUUGUCGGGGGGUUGUGAGCGAUGGGUGUCGGGAUCGGUAUGUGAGUAUUGCGAAGGCGCGGGGUGUGCUGGGGUAUAGGCCGAAGGUUGGGUUGGCGGAGGGGCUGAGGAUUAGCUGUGAGCAUUUCCAGAAGCAGAUUGAUGGUCGGGUGAAGAGAUGAUGUGUGCGCUUGUAGAGGUGGAAUGAGG